CUGCUCGGAGAUUCAGCUCACUUUUCAGGCUCGCCGUUGGGCUCAUUCUCUUGGCCCCGCCAAACAGACGAGGGGAACGGUCCCGACUGCGGGGCCAUGGCAGUAGCCUCCUCGUCCUUCGCUGCCGCUAGUUCCGCCGAGUCGCCUGCUUCUGCGCGAGGGACCCCCACCACCUCCGCGGGCUAAGAGCCUCAGCCGCCUCGGAGCUGUGAGGACUACUAUGCUCCCACUUUGCUGCUGCCUCCGCCUCCCGCCCGCGCAGGCACCCCUCUGGCUGCUCAGUCCCGCCUCAGUGUCAAACCGGAAGAGAAGUAAAACUCAACAAAAUUUUAUUAUGUGUGGAGUUCCUUCUUAAAAGAAGAAAAAAGUGAUUAUUGAGACUAUGGAUCGGAGCAAACGGAAUUCAAUUGCAGGCUUUCCUCCACGUGUAGAGCGUCUUGAAGAUUUUGAAGGAGGUGGUGGAGGAGAUGGGAAUAUGACCCAAGUGGGAAGAGUUUGGCCAUCUUCAUAUCGAGCUCUUAUAAGUGCCUUUUCUAGACUGACACGUUUGGAUGACUUCACCUGUGAAAAAAUAGGGUCUGGCUUCUUCUCUGAAGUGUUCAAGGUGCGUCACCGAGCUUCUGGCCAAGUGAUGGCUCUUAAGAUGAACACACUGAGCAGUAACCGGGCAAACAUGCUGAAAGAAGUUCAGCUCAUGAAUAGACUCUCCCAUCCCAACAUCCUUAGGUUCAUGGGUGUGUGUGUACAUCAAGGACAGUUGCAUGCGCUUACAGAGUAUAUCAACUCUGGAAACCUGGAGCAGUUGCUAGACAGUAACCUGCAUUUGCCCUGGACUGUGAGGGUGAAACUGGCCUAUGACAUAGCAGUGGGCCUCAGCUACCUUCACUUCAAAGGCAUUUUCCAUCGGGACCUCACAUCUAAGAACUGCCUGAUAAAGAGGGAUGAGAAUGGUUACUCUGCAGUGGUAGCUGACUUUGGCCUGGCUGAGAAGAUUCCUGAUGUCAGCAUGGGGAGUGAAAAGCUGGCCGUGGUGGGCUCACCAUUCUGGAUGGCACCUGAGGUUCUCCGAGAUGAGCCCUAUAAUGAAAAGGCGGAUGUGUUCUCUUACGGUAUCAUCCUCUGUGAGAUCAUCGCCCGCAUCCAGGCUGAUCCAGACUGUCUUCCACGCACAGAGGUGAGCUGCAGGCAUAGAGCACAGUGCCAGUGGGAUGGGGCUGGUUUUGAAGCUCUGGAACUGUUGUUCCCAGGGUGGAGUUGCUGGAACUGUGUAGUUACUUUGGGGCAAUUCUCAGCCUCUCCUAAGCAGGCCAGGGUGGGUGGAGAGAUUAAUGACCGGUCUUCCGUGUCCCCUCCCUACCAUACCUAUCCACAGAACUUCGGGCUAGACUAUGAUGCUUUCCAGCAUAUGGUGGGAGACUGUCCCCCAGACUUUCUGCAGCUCACCUUCAACUGCUGUAAUAUGGACCCCAAACUGCGCCCAUCCUUCGUGGAGAUUGGGAAGACCCUGGAGGAAAUUCUGAGCCAUCUACAGGAAGAAGAGCUGGAGACAGACAGGAAGCUGCAGUCCACAGCCAAGGGACUCUUGGAAAAAGGACCUGGGGUGAAGCGACUGAGCACACUGGAUGACAAGAUCCCUCCCAAGUCCCCACGCCCAAGACGUACUAUCUGGUUGUCUCGAAGCCAAUCAGACAUUUUCUCCCGUAAGCCCCCACGUACAGUGAAUGUCUUGGACCCAUACUACCAGCCACGAGAUGGUGCUGCCCGCACCCCCAAAAUCAACCCUUUCAGUGCUCGCCAGGACCUCAAGGGUGGCAAGGUCAAGUUCUUUGACCUGCCCAGCAAAUCUGUUAUCUCCCUGGUAUUUGACCUGGAUGCACCAGGGCCCGGAACUCUGCCUGCAGCUGACUGGCAGGACCCCCUGGCCCCACCUGCUCGCCGGUGGCGUUCUUUGCCUGGUUCACCAGAGUUCUUGCAUCGAGAGUCCUGUCCAUUUGUUGGCCGAGAAGAAUCACUAUCUGAUGGGCCCCCACCACGCCUCAGUAGUCUCAAGUACAGAGUGAGAGAGAUCCCGCCAUUCCAAGCCUCUGCCCUCCAAGCUGCUCCAGCCCACGAAGCCAUGGACUGCUCUAGUCCCCAGGAGGAAAAUGGUUUGGGGCCCAGGCCCCCGGGGGCCAGUUCAUGCCUUGCAGGUGCUUCUGAGGAAAUGGAGGUAGAAGAAGAAAGGCCAAGAGGCUUGGCUCCAGUCCCUUUCUCUGUCUCAGGCAUAGGCCUGAAAACCCAGGGAAAACAGGAUGGGUGAGAGGGGUUAGUCCCCAGCUCACCGUGGGGGUGGACCUUCAUUUGAAGCCACAGGGCCCCCUUGGUGCACAGCCUCAACUCUUCCCUGCAGCCUACAGAGCAAGCAGGUCAAGCCAGGCUCAAUCUGGGGGCUCCAAGUGCCCAAUGGCUGUGUAUGAGAGGGGAGGCAACAGUGAAAGGCCUUCCCAGGCAGGGCCAACAGCUGAUACAAAGCUUCUGAAAUCCAGCAAGGAGCUCUGGCUCCCACCCAACUCCCACUGCACUUCCCCAGACAGGACCAGAGGACUCUUAGUUCUGGUUUGAGCUGGCAGGCAGCUAAUACCCCAGGUUCUUCUCCCACCCCAGGUCUGUCAUAUAAGCUACUGGAUGGAACCUGGAGCUAACCAGGAAGCCAUAAAAGGCAUGGCUAUUUCUCAGACCUGAAGAACGGGGAGCUUCUUGCCAGGACGUCUAAGACACUUGAAUAAUUGCUGUUUGCACUUACUGCAUGGUCAGACCAGAUCACUACAUUUCUAUGCAAGGGGAGGGUGAGACAGCGUGGUGGUCAUGGUUCUUAGCUAACCUAUUCAAAGAUCUUUUCCAGUUGAUUAAUCUAUUUUCAUAUUUAUGAAGGAAUCUUAAUGUUCUGCCCCAGAAACUUUCAACCUUGUGGUUGGGAGUGGGGCCGGUUUUGUAGGCCUCAGGGCCUGCUCUAUGUAUUUGUCAACAUGUGAUACACCCAGGUGGUUAAAUGGCUUAUGCACAGGCGGAUUUUCUUCCCUUCCUGCUCUGGCUGGAGCCACGGGAACAGUCUGUCCUUACAGAGCCGCAAUAAGAAAUAACCAAAGAUGAAGCUGGUCAAAUAUUUUCAUAACUUGUUUCUGUUGAUUUUUUGGUAAUACUUUUUCCCAAGACACUUUCAGAUUUAAAAAUAAAUAAAGUCUGUGUUACAGGUGC